AUGGCUGUAUCAGCGAACUCGGUGUCGCUCUCGGCUCCAUACAUCAUAUUUCCACUAUCCCAACCUCUACACCAAACCCGUGCAAAGGAUAGAGAGGGUGGCACAUACCGUGUGUGCUUCACCUCGUCCGUCGAGUCCACAAAGAAGCGAAAACGUAAUGCGCAGGAGAUUGCGGUCGCAGUGGAUGGAGAGGGCGUUAAUAUCUACGAUGUUCGUGCUACGCAGGUAAUAUCUACAUAUGCGCUGCCGCCUACCACAAAGUUUUCCUGUGCGCCUACGUCCUCGUUCACCCGCGGGGGAAAGAAAGCCACAGCUUUUGGGAGGAGGACUUAUGCGGCUGUGUCAAGUCCUAAGAGGGAGAUCCUUUGCUGGGAGGAACAGAGUGUCUCGAGCGAUGACGACAAAGCUGAGGCAAUCAAUGUCUUGUCUCGCGGGUCAGACUCAAGAUCUGACGUAGUUUACCUCCAAGAUCUGCGGAAACGAGGAACAGAGGGCGGCUUGGUUGCCGUAUAUGCGGAUGGAUAUGUGCGCUGUUUUUCUUCGGAUCUAAAGGAGCAGAAGUGGGAAUUUUUGGCACAGACUUUGGGUGCUGCGAAGAAGGUGGCAGUGGUAUUUGCGGCGACCACUACUUUGACCGUGGCGAAGAAAGCGCUACUGAAGGAUCGUCUGGAUAUUGUGCUUCCGACAGCUGUACCCACUGAGGAAGAGGCCCCCGAGGAUGCAGUUCUUUUCACCGUGACCCGUAAUGGAUCUAUCUUCGAGGCAAGGGUUUUUACAAUUCCCACUAUUGGGGAGAACAAAACCCCUCGUGAACUCCUAGUGCUCCCUCUUCCAGGCACCGCAGACGAAGAACUCGCAUCCUUCUCAAUUCACUUCCCCACUGCGACACUGGACCUUCUCACUACGGAGAAUCUAACUACCUUCUCACUCUCAGCUACAGUUCCGGCAGUGCUAUCUUCCCUUAAGAUCGCAUCCAACUCUAAAGACGAUCCUACUCCGUCCUCUCUGCUUCGAAUCUCUUCAUCAACUGUACUGGUUGCCACCAAUGAGGAUAUCUCACUUUACGAUACCAAGUUUACCUCUCUACAAGCCCGCGUCCCGAUACAACCUUCCACGGGUGUUAACACCCCUGCAACAUCACGCGCCUCAACCCCCGCCUCUACCGUUAAGGGCGGUGUUGCACUAUCUUCAUAUCUGCCAGAUCUAGACCUCGCAGUUGGAUAUUCCCAAAACGGUAUAGCAGCAGUACAGCUCUCCCGCGCUGGUGUUAAAGGAGAUGCCCGCAAGUCCGGGUUGCUCAUUGACUCUCUCUGUCGUGGUGUUGGUGUCGAUGCUCCUGCAGACGUGAACAAAGCGGGGCGAACUGCAGCAGCAAAACAAAUCGCAUCAAAACUAUCGGCCGAGAAGACGAAGAUGGAUGCUGCAUUGGCCAGACUUAAAGAUGCAAAGAAGGACCUUGACUUGGAAGCAUUCGAAUCCACUUUUGCAGAGUACGUAAGUAUCAAAAGGAAUAUGCAGGAUGUGGAUACGACCAUGACAAAUGGUACCUCAGCAAACAACGCGCUCCCGGAGUUUUUUGCCAAGACUACUUUUAAACCUUUACUUCACGAGUUCGUCAGCACAAUCAUCUCCCUAAUAUUUGAGCCAUCUGGGAAUGAGGUGGGAGGCCUAAAAAUCACUUUCUACCCACCCAAUGUUGUAAAAUACCUCGCCGAAUCUGGAAAUCUCUCCAGUGCCCCUCCAGGGCUAGUAAAUGCACUCGCGACCUACGAUCCUACCCUCCGUUCCCUUGAAUGGGCACUCUCAACAGUUUCCGAGUUGAAAAUUACCGAAGUGGCCGCUGCAGUCAGCACCGCGCUCCGCGCCCCAGAAGCUGAAGAAGACCUUGCACUUAAAGUCAUUCGCUCUGAAGUCCUUCGAUUAGCCCUCGUAAGGCUCGACACAUUCCCCGCCUCCUCCCUCAUUGCUACUUUCAAAUCUCAAUUUACUGGAGACGAUCUUGCAGCUCUCAUAACACUCCUUCGCGGCGAGCUAUCACUCUAUGAUUACGAACACGAUGAUGACUUUGAUGCCCCAGAAGUCGCCGUCAGCAUCAGUGACGUUGGCAUUGCGUCAUCCCUGCUCACCGCUGCCCUUGACACAGUCGGCAUAUCCGGCCUCAUCCUUCAAGACGGUGCCGACUCCCUCGUAGGCUCACUCUAUGAGGAAGUAACAGAUGCCGUAGACGCCGUUGAAGAAGCUGCUGGUUUGAAAGGAAUAUUGGAGGAAAUGUUCCGCCACGCUGAAUGGUCUUCCCCAUCUACUCUAAAACGGAGAGUCGAGAUUAGAGGUACCGCUCCAACUGCUCCUCCCAAUGCUCCUGCAUCUAUCAUGGAAACACCGAAACGAGAGGGUGGGAAGGUGCCUGAGACACCUAGCAUGCAGCUUCUCAGGAGUGCGAUGAAAGCACGAGGAAACGUGAGCGUGAGGAAGGGUGCAUCUCCAGGGCUUCUCAGGACUGUUUUGGAGACACCUCGCCCAUCUGAGAGGACUGGAAGUAGUGCUUUAUUACCGCUUGGGCUGUCGCCUGUACCAUUGGGCCGAGAAAAUAAGGUAGAAGGGUUGCCUUUGGAGGUAGGGAAGAGGGAGACAGAUAGGAAGAGAGCGAGGGAGAACGGAAUGAGGAAGAGUUUGGUGCUAGGUGUUUAUAGUGUUGAGAGCAUGGUGAUUUAA